AUGCUCGUUAUCGGACACAAAGACCUCGCGACUCUGCUCAAUUCGCUUUCGCCCUAUGACGUGGAGCAGGCCAAAAAGUCGCUUCUCAAGUCACUCCAGGAGGUGACCCAGUAUCCCGAGACGGUUCCUCCUCGCACGGUCAUUGAGGCGGACUAUGCGACCCAUCUGUUCAUGCCUGUGGUGGGAAAGGAGAUUGUGGAGGCCACGGGCUCGCCGCAGAUUGGAUUCAAGGCGCUGGCAGGCUCCCGGGAGGGCUUCAAGGGCCUCACAACCAUCAUGGACAAGUCCGGCGAGGUCCAGGGAAUCAUUAACGCCUUUGAGCUCACGGCGUUCCGAACCGCGCUGGCCACGUCACUCAGUUGGGACGUGUACAAAAAGACGUCGCUGUACGCCGCCCAUGGCGACAAGCCGCUCAACAUGGCGUGUUUUGGAGCCGGCCCCCAAGCCUACUGGCACGUCAAACUGGCCGUGAUGCAGUUUGACAUUGACACGGUGUUCAUUGUGAACCGAACUGCGCAUCGAGCGGACGAGCUCAUUCAACGGCUCAAGCGCGAACACCCCAACGCCAAGUUCCAGCGAUGCGACAGCCCCGAUACUGACGUGCCCACAUGCUCUCUAAUUGUGGGAUGUACUCCCUCCACAACGCCCGUGAUCCACCACCAGUGGAUCCAGAAGAACGCCUACAUUGGUCUCAUUGGCUCCUACAAGCCGCACAUGUGCGAGGUGGACUCGCAGAUCGUCAAGAGCGUCAAGAAGAUUCUCGUGGAUGGUGCCGAUCCGGUGUUUAUUGAAGCCGGAGAAAUCAUCCAGAAUAAGAUCCCCAAGAGCGAGCUGGUGGAAGUGGCGGAUGAAUCGGAGGUCGAAAAGAGCUUGGCAGAGUUUGACGACGCCUCUUUGUUUCUCUGGAAGUGUGUGGGCUCGUCCAUGAUGGACGUUUGUGUUGGAGGACAGGUUCUGCAGUUUGCCAAGAAAGCUGGCUGUGGCAAGGAGGUGGAUUUCUAA